GGUUCGGGAGUGCGGGUGGCUGGCAGCGGGGCGAGCCGGCAGUUUUCCGCCGGACGCGGGGGUGCGUGCGUGUGUGCCGGGUGUCUGUCAACCGUCCGUCACACGUGACAGUGACUGAGUGACGCAGGUGUCACCUGGAGAGGAAUCGGAGUGACGCGGACUGCACGCGAGAAGCGUGGAUUGUUGAUUCCGCGGAGACGGUUUUCCGGUUCAGUUUGUGUUCAGAAUUCAGGUCGUGGACAAGUGUUGUGACGUACGAGAAGGGACAGUCUGCUCCCCUACCAGUGGACGAAAACCAACCACGCCCCCGGUGCUCCGUCGGGACACCCCGUCCCAGCUGACACUGGCAGUUCGAUCUGUUUCGCCUGCCGACCCGUCAUGAUCGCGCUGUCUUUGCCGAGCUCUUCUCCGAGACACUUCACGCAGAGUAGCGAGUAGCACUUUCCGAGGAUGUUGAAGCACGUCCAGCUGAGCCCGUCGCGGCCGGUGGCGGUGGGCGGUCGCGCCGGCCGGCCCGACACCUGCAGUCUCAGCUCGUCCGUCAGCCUGGGCCUGGUGCCUGAGGGCACCCUCAGCAGCCGCAGCUCGUCCUACACGUCACUGAACGAGACGCAGAGCAGCGCGGCCAGCAGCAGCUCGCAGGGGGCGGCCAGCAGCGGCUCGCUGCCGCCACAGACCAUCGUCAGCAGCCAGCAGCACGCCGACGGGCCGUCGAUUCCCGUCAAGGUGUACGCACGGUGCCUUCGGUCCGACAUCGAGUACAAGACGCUGAGCGUCACCUUCGACACAACCUGCCGCCAGCUGGUGUCGACGCUGCUCAACAAGUACCGGAUGAAGCACCGCGACCCGAACCUCUUCUUCCUCACCAUGGAGGUCGGCGUGAGGUCGGCAGAAAACGCCGCCCGAACGGUGCUGGUUCUUGAUGACGAGGCGAAGCCGGCCCAGCUGCAGGCGUGCAGGCCAAAGGGAGAUACCAGGUUAAUUCUGAGAAUGCGGCAAGGCGGGCUGGUUCGAAUCUACGAUGGGAUACUCAUGCAAGGGUCUCACUACAAGAGCCUGCUGGUGUCAGAUCGGACAGAGACCACCGAUCUGCUGCGACUCAUCCUCAACUGCAACAACUGCCGAGAGCCGCCCGAUCGGUUCUUCUUGCUCGAGGUGUGCCGGACAGCGCGGUAUGAGCGGCGCCUGCGGCCCACCGACCGGCCUGUGCAGGUUCAGUGUGGGUGGAAGGACCGCGACCACUACUACUUCGUGCUGCAGCGGGAGCAGGCGGCCAGGAGGCCGAGAAAGCUGCCCUGGAGGCCCAACCUCGAGUCGGUGGACUCGCUGGAAAGCCUGGCGCCCACACACAACCCGCCCAAAACGCCCGUCAAGUCUCCGAGCUACCACGACUACGAGAAUUAUUUCUACAUUUAGCGGCCCUGCGGCCCGUAGUGCGCCGUGUAUGGGCCGCAGUGCGGCGCUGGCGGCGGUGAUUUGGUACAAAACGGACAGGGACGCUGUGCGGAGACGAUGGAUCACCCUGCGCCAGCUUAAGACAGGAGAUGUUGAAUGAACGAGGGUGGCGACCUCGAUGGAGGGCGCUUGCGCUUUCGAGCUGUGAAAAAGUCGUGUACGACGGCAAAUAAUCAGCGAUGGCAGAUUUUCGAGUGUGAUGUACAGCUCCCAGAAGGAUGCAAGACAUCAGUGCCAGAAAUGACAUCAGUCCUAUGAUGGUGACGUGGCGAUGUGACGCUGAUGUCCCCGUCUGCGGACUGAUGUCACCUCCCGCGGACGGCACAUGGAGUCGCGGUCGGUGUUGUGGCGCCCUCUGGACCAGCUCCAUCGGACGGAGUUCUGCCCGACUGCCACCAGCAGGUGCCCCCAACGGCGGUCCGGCUGAACUAAAUACUGACGGCAAAUGUAUACCGAACCGGGGAGGUGCACCUGCCAGCACCUAAUGAACUCACCCCGAAUCUCACUCAGCCGACCGCCGCUAACGCCACCUGGAUCUGCCGUCUACGCUGACUGCAACGACACCUGGCGGCAAAGCUCGUAACCCCUUGCGCUCCCAAAGCUGUCACUGUGUGUUAUAGAUGACGCGCCAGGCUGUCAAGUCGACCAGCACUAAAGCAUGGAUAGCCGUCGCCUGCGUUGUGAUGUGGCCCUCAAGUCAGUAAUUGCGUGUCCUGAUAUUGUGAUUAUGCUUAUAGGAUAGUGAUGUUCCCCCACUUACAUGUCGCCUUUGGUUAAGAUGUUGCCUGUUUGGGUUUGUAAAGCUUUAUCACAAGUGAUGAUUGUUAUUGUCAGCUAGCGUUUGUACCUCCUUACUAAGAUCUACCCCCAUGCAGUGUUUUCAUCCCUGCAUCCAGCUGAUUUAGCAUGGCCUGAACUGCGUGCAGCGAGACGGUUAUGCCCCCUGUGUGAUAAACUACUGAGCUAUUUGUAACAGACAAGCACGGCUCGCGAGUCAUUUUGUUUUCACCAUGCGUCUGAGCACAAUAAAUGUAAGACUGUGUUGUA